UGUUUUGGUUUAAUGAAGGUAACUCUGUUGAAAACCCUGACAAAAGAAAAAUACUCGUUCAACUGUGGCCGCUGGCUAGAUAUAAAUGAAGACGACAAUGAGAUCGUGCGGGAGCUCCCUGCGGAGGGAUCUCUAGUGACUGAAGUCAUGCCAGUGAUUAAGUACCGGGUGACGGUUUGCACUGGGACGGUAAGUGGGAGCGGCACAGAUGCCAAUGUCUUUGUGUGCCUCAUCGGUGACCAAGGAGACACGGGAGAUCGUGUUCUCUACAACUGCAUCAACACAGCCAAUAAGUUUGAAAAGGGCAAUGCUGAUGAAUUCUUCGUUGAAGCAGUAACGCUGAAGCAGGUGAGGAGGGUGAGGAUAGGGCAUGACGGCAAAGGAGGAAGCAGUGGCUGGUACCUUGCCAAAGUGAUAGUGAGGGAAGAAGGACAGCCAGAAAGUGAGGCUGUGGAAUUCCCCUGCUACAGAUGGCUUGACAAAAACGAGGAUGACGGUCAGAUUGUCAGAGAACUAGUACCUGCUGGGGAGUCACCAAUGCUAAAAAAUGUCAGUUAUCACAUCAGCGUGAAGACAGGAGAUGUCCCUGGUGCCAGCUCAGACUCCAGAGUUUUCAUCAAAAUCUACGGUGAAAAAGCAGACUCCAGCAAAGAGACUCUCUUAGUCUCUGAUAAUGAUCUAGGCAAUUAUUUUGAACGUGGUCGAGUGGAUGAGUUUACUAUAGAUACGAUGGACAUUGGGAAGAUCAACAGAAUACUGAUUGGACAUGAUAACGUGGGUCUUCGGUGUGGCUGGUUCUUGGCCAGUGUCCAGAUCAUGGUUCCAGUCCAGGGAAGGCAAUACAUGUUCCCCUGCAACCGAUGGCUUGACAAAGAUGAGGCUGAUGGCAGGGUGGAAGUGGAGGUCUACCCAAGUGAGAUUUUGCCUAUUGAGAAAUUGAUAAACUACGAGGUGUCUGUAGUUACUGGAGACGUGCGGGCUGCAGGCACCAAUGCCAAAGUCUUCAUGCAGAUUUAUGGCGAGACUGGCAAAACUGAACUGAUCACCUUAGAAAACAGAUCGAACAACUUUGAGCGGGGAGCCACAGAUAUCUUCAAGAGAGAGGCUGCAGAUGUUGGCAAGAUAUAUAAGAUUCGGAUAGGCCAUGAUGGGAAAGGCAUUGGGGAUGGCUGGUUCCUGGAGAGUGUCACGCUGAAGCGGCUUGCCAAAAGGACGAAGGACCCUGAUGAAAAGAAGAAGAAAAAGAAGAAGUCCGAGGAGGAGGAAGAAGAGCAGACCAAGGAGGAAGAAGUAAUGGAUAUCUAUACGUUUGUGGCACACCGCUGGUUGGCUAGAGAUGAAGGAGAUAAGGAGCUUGUGGUGGAGCUGGUGCCUGAAGGAGAAUCUGACCUGGAGGAAAAUACGUAUGAAGUCCAUGUUCUCACUGGGAGUGUGGGUGGGGCUGGGACGGAUGCUAAUGUCUUCUUGAGCAUCUAUGGCAUAGGAAGAGGAGACACGGGUGAGCGCCAGCUGAAAAGGUCGAAUAAUCUCAACAAGUUUGAAAAGGGACAGGUGGAUGUGUUCACCAUCAAAGCCAUUGACCUGGGUGAACUGAAGAAGCUGCGUAUCCGCCAUGAUAACUCGGGAAACAGUCCAAGCUGGUUCCUGGAGAGGGUAGAGAUUGUUGACCUCAAGGACAGCACCACGUAUUAUUUCCCAUGCCAGCGGUGGUUAGCAGUUGAGGAAGAUGACGGUCAGAUUGUCAGGGAGCUGGUCCCAGUGGAUGAAGCAUUUGUAAAGAAAGAUUCGGAAAAUGAAGGCCAGUCUCUUGCAACGCUGGGCCUGGAACAGAAAGCUAAAUCAACAACAUACACUGUGAAAGUGAAAACCGGGGACAAGAAGAAUGCUGGGACAGAUGCCAAUGUCUUCAUCACACUCUAUGGAAGUAAAGAUGAUACAGGGAUAGUCAGCCUAAAGGCCUCAAAGACUAACAAGAACAAAUUUGAGCGUGGGAAGGUAGAUGAGUUUACAGUGGAGUCUGUGGACAUUGGAGACCUGAAAAAAAUCAAGAUAGGCCAUGACAAUAAAGGUAAUUCAACUGGCUGGUUUCUGGAGUGGGUGGAGCUUGAUGCCCCAUCACUGGGACAGUGCCUCAAGUUCCCUUGUGGCCGUUGGUUGGAUAAAUCAGAGGAUGAUGGAGCCAUUGAAAGAAUUAUCUUUCCUGCAGAACUGCAGACAACAGAGUAUAUCCCAUUUGUUCCUUAUGAGAUCACAGUCUACACCAGCGAUAUCUUUGGAGCUGGCACGGAUGCAGAUGUCUUCAUUGUUCUCUAUGGAAGUGAUGGGAUCUGCACUCAGCAGAAAUCCCUGUGCCUCAACAAGAGAGAGCAAAGAAUGUAUUUUGAAAGGAACUCAGUCAAUCAGUUCAUUGUGGAGCUGGAGGAUGUUGGUGACAUUAUUGAAAAGAUCCGCAUAGGACACAACGGUGGAGGACUGAACUCUGGAUGGCAUUUGGACCGUGUUGCAAUUCGGAGGUUGUUGCCAAAUGGAAAGGGCUCAGAAACUGUCACAUUUCCAUGUGAAAGAUGGCUUGCGAAGUCUGAGGAUGAUGGCGAGAUUGUCAGAGAACUGGUACCAUCUGAAAUUUUUACUGAAAAACUCAUGAAGGAUGGGACACUUAAGCAGAUAGAGGAAGAAGUUGAAGACCCGUUAGAAGUUCACACCUACAAGAUCAGUGUGUUCACUGGAGAUAUCUAUGGUGCUGGGACAGAUGCUAAUGUUUUCCUAAACAUGUAUGGAGAUCUGGGGGAUAUGGGAGAGAGAAAACUCAGCAAAUCUGAAACAAACUUCAACAAGUUUGAAAGAGGACAGGAGGACACGUUUACUAUACAGGCUGUGGACCUUGGCAUUCUGUACAAGAUCAAGAUUCGUCACGACAACAGCAUGUUCAGUCCUGACUGGUUCCUGGAUAAAGUAGAGAUCCUGGACGAAACCACAGAGGAGUCAUUCGUAUUCCUGUGUGAGCGCUGGCUCUCUAAAAAGAAAGAGGACAAAAAGAUAGAGCGUACGCUUUAUGAACAGAACUAUGAUGGUGAGCGGAACAGCCUGGAUGGCUUAUCUCUCAGUGCGUCAAGUCAGGAUAGCAGUGGAAACCCGAAGGAGACGAAAAAAUCCAGCUUGGUCAAGGCGGCAGAGGAAGGAUCAUUGAUCCCAUACCACGUCACUGUCACGACGGGCACUGUGUAUGAUUCCAGCACCGACAGCAGAGUGUACAUCAUCAUCAUGGGUCCUCAGAAAGUGCAGACUGAGAGGCUGUGGCUGGAUCUUCCAGAAGGAAAAGACGAGUUUGCAGAUGGCUCCGUAGAGAAAUUCUCUGUUUGGGGCCUAGAUGUUGGGGAGAUCAAAAAAGUGGAGGUGGGGCAUGAUGGCGCUACCCCCGAGAGCUGCUGGCUGGUGGAUGAGCUCAACAUUGUUGUGCCCACCAAAGGUGUCAUGUAUAACUUUGUCUGUAAGUGCUGGCUGGCCAGAGACAAAGGCGAUGGGCUCACCUCGAGAAUCCUCAACAUCCUUGAUGCGGACUGCGUUAACAUAGGCGUCAAGGUCCUCUACGAAGUCACGAUUGUGACUGGAGACAUUGAAGGUGGUGGUACUGAUGCCAGCAUUUUCAUGACUGUCUUUGGAUCCAAUGGGAAUACCGAAGAGAUGCCACUAGAGAAAAAUGGAGACAGGUUUGAGCGAGGCCAAGAAGACAGUUUCAUUAUGGAGAUUGCCGACAUCGCACCCCUCAGGAAGAUGAGGAUCCGGACGGAUGGGAAAGGGACCCGCCCGCAUUGGUACCUGGAAAGGAUCAUCUUGAAGAACCUGACUAACCAAGAAGUGGCCACCUUUACCUAUGGUGAAUGGCUGUCAAAGCUGAAAAAUGCCAAGGGAAGUCUGGUGUGUGAGAUGCCUGCUGUCAUAAAUGAUGAACAGAUGAUGGAGGACACAACAUACACUCUUCAGGUUAAAACCAGUGACAUUGUAGGAGCAGGUACUGAUGCCAACGUGUCCUUGAUCCUGUUUGGGGAGAACGGGGACAGUGGGACCCUGUCUCUGAAGGAGUCCAACAAGUCUAACAAGUUUGAAAGGAACCAGAUGGACGAAUUCAGCUUCUCGGACAUGCUGAGCCUGGGAGAUCUCUGCAAAGUGCGGAUCUGGCACGACAACAAAGGAAUCGCACCAGGUUGGCACUUGGAGUAUGUUGACGUGAUGGACUCUGCCAUGGACAAGACAUUUCGCUUCCAGUGUGAUCGCUGGCUAGCUAAAGGUGAAGAUGACGGGCAGCUGAUAAGGGAACUGGCUUGUGCAAAUAAUGACAUUCUGGAACUGAAGGAACGCACUGCCUAUGAGAUUGUCACAGUAACAAGUGACAGAGAGGAUGCAGAAACAAAGGAAAACAUCUGGAUCAUCCUAGAAGGAAAGCUGGGCCGCUCGAAAGAAUUCCUUAUGGAAAAUUCCUCCAAGAAAAGGAGAUUUGAAAGGGGUGCAACAGACACAUUUCAGUUCUCUUCAAAGAAUGUGGGGGAUAUAGCAGCCAUCUGUGUCGGUCACUGCCCAAAAGAUGGAAAGAAGUCAUCUGCAAAAGCUGAUGUCUUCUGGCACGUCCAAGAGAUUAUCAUAACGGAGAUGGAGCUUUGCAACAAAUACUUCUUCAGGUGUAAUGUGAAAAUCCCUCUGCGUUACAAGAGACGGGACUACAAAGUCUUUGAGUGUGCCAAGGUCACUGAGAGCUUUGCCAGCAAAGCCAGGAGCCUGGUGCCGGUCAAAUAUGAGACCAUCAUCGUCACAGGAUUUGAGAAAGGUGCAGGGACCAAUGCCAACGUGUUCAUCACCAUCUUCGGGUUGAAUGGGGAUUCAGGGAAGCGGGCACUGAAGCACAAGUUCAGGAACCUCUUUGAGCGAGGCAAAACCAACAGGUUUUAUCUGGAAACACUGGACAUGGGAGAGCUCAAGAAGGUCCGGAUUGAGCAUGACAACAGCGGCCUGGCACCUGGCUGGCUGGUGGAGCGGGUGGAGAUCACCAAUUCGGCAACUGGUGUGACCACCAUAUUUCCCUGCGGGAAGUGGCUGGAUGAAAACAGAGGCGAUGGGUUAAUCUGGAGGGAGCUUUUCCCUCGGUACUGAGGGUACUGGUGCUGCAGGAGGGCUUCAGUCCCUCUUUUUCUCAUUAUCCUCUUUUAUAUUGCAUUUUACUUUUAAAACACUGCCUUUUAUAUUGAGAGAUUUGCUUUCUGGGUUAGCAUUUUGUAA